CAGUCUUUUCACUGUUCUUUUUCAAAGCAUGUCUUUUCUGCGAAAGGCAGGAGAAGAUGCACCCAAAAAAUGCCCCUGGAGACCCGAAAGAAAAGGAAUAGUAAAUGGAUCUCAAAUGACCGUGACCUUUACACUGUCAUUAAGACUCUGGUCCAUGUCUUGAAGGCCGCAUAUUCCUCCAGAUCCAGGAGGAGGAGGAAGGAGAGGAAAUAUUGGUUGGCAGGCCCAAGGCUGCAGCCAUGGCAGCCUUUGCCUCAGUCCAAAUGUGUGGAAAAUUGUCAUCCUGGAUUUGUCAAGCGGGCUCGAGAAGGAGAGCCAGUCUGCUGCUAUGACUGCAUUCCUUGUCCGGAGGGGACCAUCUCCAAUAAGGAAGAUAUGGAAAAAUGUAUCAAAUGUCCGGAUGAUAAAUAUCCAAAUGAGGACCGAAUUCAAUGUAUCCCCAAAGUUAUAUCCUUCCUGUUAUAUAAAGAAAAUCUGGGCAUCAUCCUGGUGUCUUUUGCCCUAGUUUUGUUCCUAAUCACAGGCCUUGUUUUAAUUAUAUUCAUUAAAUACCGAGAAACUCCCAUUGUCAAAGCCAACAACCGGGACCUUUCUUACAUCCUCCUGGUCUCCCUCCUGCUUUGCUUCUUGUCUCCUUUUCUCUUCCUUGGUCAACCAAAGAAAGCCACCUGCCUUCUCCAACAAACACUCUUCAGCAUCACUUUCUCAGUUGCCAUUUCUUCUCUCUUGGCCAAAACAAUCACGGUGGUGCUGGCUUUCUUGGCCACAAAACCAGGAAACCAAGUGAAGAGAUGUUUGGGGAAGAGUUUGGCCAACUCCAUCAUCCUUUCUUGUUCUUCUGUCCAAAUUAUUAUUUGCUGCAUUUGGCUUGGAGUUUCUCCCCCAUUCCCUGACUCUGACCUCCACUCUCUGUCUGGAGUGAUAAACUUGCAAUGCAAUGAAGGGUCUGUUGUCAUGUUCUAUAUCACUCUCAGCUACAUGGGCUUCCUGGCUGCUAUCUGCUUCACAGUGGCUUUCCUGGCCAGGAAUCUCCCUGGGGCCUUCAAUGAAGCCAAGCUGAUCACCUUCAGCAUGCUGGUCUUCUGCAGUGUCUGGGUGAGUUUUGUACCCACCUACCUGAGCACCAAAGGGAAAUACAUGGUGGCUGUGCAGGUCUUCUCCAUUUUGUCCUCUAGUGCUGGAUUGCUUGGCUGCAUCUUCAUCCCCAAGUGCUACAUAAUCAUGCUGAGGCCAGAUCUCAAUACAAGGGAGCAACUUACAACAAGAAGAAAUGAAUAAAUGUGAGACAGAGAAAUUUCAACUCUCAACAUGUUCCAACAGGCCACACCUAGAAAAAUGGUCCCAGUUGCUCUCCAUAUAUAAGUGGGCCAAUAAUUUUGUU